UGAAAAUGUUCCGAAACAUAUGCUUGUAUCCAUGUUGGCAAGCUGUAAAUUCGAGAAUGUAUAUCACGAAUAAUUUUGUAGAGCAUACUUUAUACCUGGUUAAGCUGUUCGUGUGAUUCACGUAACUAUUCGGUAGUGGGCAGUUGAUAAAAAACAGUAUUUUUAUAUGAAAACGUUUGUGCAAACAUUGUCAGUUUUGGUAAUCAGUGUACCAUUCUUGUUACGUGCCAAGAGGGUAGCCUGGCCCCCACCGAACGAAUCAGGAUUUGAUGGUCCAUACUCCGAACACAGUUCAGUUCCAACACAGGGUUCACCCGCUCCGCCCCAUCAGCAACAGCAGCAAUAUUACCAGCAACAGCAGACGGCCCCGGCGCCACCCAGUCGUGCACCCCUAACUCCGCUAGACGUACGUUCGCCAGCAGGUUCCUCUCCCUUGGCAUCCCCUCAUCAGUCUGCCAAGGGCUGGGCACCCGUCCAAUCCCCUGUGACCACUCCUGCGCAACCUGCUUGGUCUGCCCCCUCCCCUCAGCCUCAACCCGCUUGGUCCGCUCCUGAACCCUCAUAUAGGUCCAACCCAGCUCCUUCCAUCUCUUCUCCCUCGUCUGCUCCCAUCUAUCAGCCAGCUGCUUGGAAGCGCCCAGAAAAACCGGUACUUCCAGAAACUCAAGUCAACGACCCUCUGCCCCUGUGGAGGAAGCCGACUACUACUAAAUUCAAAGCUGCUCAUGAGCCAGUAAAUCAACAUACCUACUUAGGCCAGCAGUACUUGGGAGAUAUCGAGAAGAACAAAAAGGCACAAGAAAAAAAAGCUGCAUUAAGGCCUUCUCAGGCACAGUACGAUUCUGAUCAGGACUUCUACAAGUCUCAAUCCGGAUCUCAGCAACAGAACGGCUAUCAGGGUGCUCAGAACCAAAAUAACUGGAACCAGUCCUUAUCCAACCAAUCCAAUCAGUACAACCAAUCCAACCAGUUUAAUCAGUACGAUAGAUCCCAAUCAACCCAGUCAAAUCAGUCUCAGUCCCAAUCGGUGCAGCAAUACAGUCAGUCUCAGACUUCUCAGCAAGUAAGUCAACCUUCUGCUGUCCAGCAGCGUGAAGUUUCACAGUACCAAACUGUUCAGCAUUACAAGUCUCCCGGAGGAGGUCUCGUCCAACAGCAACAAUCUGUGCAACAACAGAGUUAUCAAGCAACGCGUCAGUACGAAGUACACACGACCCAAAAAUAUUCAUCGGCGAGUCCUAACAUUGUGAAGUCUACACAGACCAUCAAGGAAGUGAAAACUGAAACUACUCCUCAAGGGGUGCAAUCUGUCACGGAAUUCUCGACUACUUCUUCUAAUACUCCUCAAACUCCCCUGACUCCUCAGUCCCAGUUCGGUGCCAAAUCGGUAGCUGCUCCAUCACAGCGUGGCCAGCCGUUGUGGUUUCGAAACUAAGUCUACCCAGAUAUAGCUCUCAGAUCUAGCCAGUAGCGGCGAUUUUUUGAACCAGAGAUACCUUCCUAAGUACAACACGGUAGCACCAAAAGCUCAGGCAAAGCCUGUAGCGCCGCCCCCAUCUACUAUCACGCUCCGCCCUCAAGCUCCUAUCAGUCAAACUCCGGCCCCGUUGGUCACCUCACAACCAGCCACGGCGACCCUUAAAGAAAAAUUAGUCAGUCCUCGAAAUUUACGAGGUGACAUAAAAUGGCCUCCGGAGGAAGUAAAGAAAAAAAUGAUAGAGGAAGCACAAAACGCACAAAAUUGUAAUAGUUUCCUUUCUCUUGAAGGUGGAAAGCACCUGCGAGGCGACCUCAAAUGGCCUCCAGAAAAUGUCAAAAGCCAAAUGGAAGAAGAGAACAGGUUGAGGUUGGAAUUGGCCACGGGGCCUGCAGUCAGACCUCUUAAACAGCAAAAGGAUUACACCGAAUUUUUCCAGCAACAUGCCCUUAACUGCACAUAUCCAGGCUAUAAAAUACCUCCUGGUACACAAUUCUAUAGACCGGAGUAAUUCUUUUAAGCAAUAGGGUCUACGUAAGAGUUCCUUCUUGAGACUAGGACGACUACAUUGAAUGGAGCAUACCAUCGAAAUACGUAUUUGGAAGCAGUAUAAACCGAAAAAUUGUUGCUACUAGUUAGAGGUAUUAUAAGGCAAAUAUUUGCCUAUUCGUAUAUUAUAUACAAACUCUAACGGGUGUAAAACGUAACAUUUAAUAGUUUUCAUUGUGCUUUAAAAAAACCGGUCCUAGUCUAUAGUAGCAUUUAGAAACUAUCGAAGGAUAUUUCUAAAUUCUACGAGAUCGAGUUAUUCGUUUGUUUAUAAGUAUAUUAAUAAGAUGCUACGUUUGUGAUAAUAAUGCUGAACUGAUUUUAAGAAGCCACAAACCUAACCUUGCGAUUACUUUUAUCGUUUAAUUAUGUUUCGAGAUGUUUGUAAUUAUAUUACUGUAUAUACAUCAUUUAUGUCUAGUCUUAUCUCAAGAACAUGUACCUUAAAACAAAAACUAGAAAAAAAUAUGUUUGAAUGUAACGAUUUUCAAUAAGCCGCUUACCGAUAUUUUAUUGAAGUAUUUUAAACGAUUCGAGCUUAUAUUUUGCAGUCGUAUGAGACACAAAAUAUCCUAAAAUACAUUAUAUAUUUGUACCAUGUGCAAAAUGAAAUAAAAAAUACCCAAAAGUGUG